GUUCAGUUGAUUGAAUGUUGUCGAAGCUCAAGGAACAAAUUCAGCCAAUAUAAACAUGUCUCGCCAAUAAUCACACCACUUUCACGAAAUGAACAUCCGAAGGGUGGAUUCAAAUGAGUUCUUCUGAAGCAUCUGGCUUCUGUGGAAUGAGCUGCGUUGAUUGAAGAUUGCCACUCAACCGCUGAGCACAUCGUCUUGCAUCACGUACAGACUCGCGAAUUCUGCGCUUCGCCAACUGGUGCCGCCCUCGUCCACGGAACGCCUCUUGCAAUGUAGGAGAGUCGCUUCAAUCCAACGCUGAAUCAACGCUUCAAAGGGAAAAGUCAAGCAGGAUACAAAUAUUUUCCUUUCCAUUUAUAGGAAAAGCUUUAAGAAUAUUUGUGACGCCCAGCAUCGUCAUAUUUGCCAUCCCUAAGGUUUCUCAUGCCUGAGCGAUCAUUUCUCGAGGAAACCUUCAAUUGAAUUUGAGAUUCGCAAGUAUUAUUAAAAACAGAAUUUGGUCUAUUCAUAAAAUUUCACCCGAAAGUGUGAGUUCUUAUAUUUAUAUUUCAUUAUUUUUUCCAUCAUCUAGGACGAACGCUGUAUAAAUAAAUAUUCUUUAAAAUUAAUCAACUUUUAUCUCAAGAGAGCGCAUGGGCGUCUCUCAAUGGUUGAGAUGUAUAUUUUUAACUCUAAAUUGAUAGAAUAUCAUGUACUGAAAGAACAAGUCUUGAACGGCACACUUAAUUCAUAAUUUAUUUGGAAAAUUGACUGAUAUAAUUAUUUUUGAAAGUAUGUGACCACUAAGCUUUAGACGCAAAUUAAAUUCAUUUUGAUCAAAAUAUUUUGUGUAAAUGAUCGAAACAUAAAUAGAGGUCUCUUUGGCAGACACUGCAGUUUAAAGUAAAGUACAUUGGAUGAACUUAAGAUAAAACUUAUGUCAAGCAACACUUAGGUCCAACCACCAUGGAUAGGGACUUUCUAAUUGGAAGAUGAGGUCUCGAGAACUCUCGGAAAUGAUUAAAAGAAGAUUUGUCGAAAGCUUAAGAAUUUUUGAGAACUUUAGGCAUGAUUUUAUCGUUCGACCUCAACGUUGGGGCAGAAAAGGUACGUGAUUGGAAAUUCUAAGCCUGAAAAAUUAAGACUGUUACAGUAAAUGUUUUAAUGAAGUCGUUAAAGACAAAGUCACAAAGUAUAUCAGUUUGAAAUCGAUACUUAGAUCGAAAGAUUGCUCGCAAAAAAUUUAAAGAAAAAAAAAUGACAUUUCAAUAAUCAAGAGUGCCUUUUGAUACUCACGACCAAUGUCAAAAGUCGUAAGUUUCCCAAAAAAUAUAUGGUUUUUAUAUCAGCAACUAAUCAGCUUUGAAAGACAAUGAUAGUGCCCAGAAAAUUGAUGUAACUGAAUUAAUCAAUCAGACUUUAAUUCAUUUCAGUAAAAAUAAAUCAAUUUAACGAAUUACUACGUGCUGAAUCAAAAGCAAGCGAUGAAAUAGAAUAUCGUGAGUUUCAGAAAAUUUGAAAGUACUGUUCGUCAUAUUUAAAUCAGUUCAUCAAUUGGCAAUGGUACCAAACUUGACCCAACUCGAAAGUAUUCAGUAAAUAUUUUUUCACAAAAAUUCAAUUAAGCUCAGUAAAAUUAAACUAUUUUAACGAAUCGAAACGCGCUGAGUUCUCGCGCCUGGCAGACAAGUCUAAAUGUAAGAAAAUUUGACUUUACUGUCGACCAUUCUUGAAACACACUCGUCGGUUAGUAAUGGAGUCCAUUGUUUCAGCAAGUACAUUUCCAUUAGGAAAAUCUUGAAUCAUUGCAAAACGAUGUAAAAUAAUCAGUUAGCUAGGACAGGUAUACAAGAGAGGUGGCAAUGAUCUCGUCAAACGUAACGACGAUCUCAAACUCAACGUACAGCAAGGAGUUCUACUGCGGCGAUGGACUACACCGGUUCCACAACACGUACCGCUCCUACCACGGCUACAUGAGCCUGGUGGUCUGUCUCUUCGGCUCCAUCGCCAACCUCCUCAACAUCAUCGUCCUCACCCGACCGGACAUGCGCUCCCCGACCAACUCCAUCCUCACCGGCUUGGCCAUCGCCGACCUCCUGGUCAUGAUCGAGUACAUCCCGUUUUCCUGGCACAUGUACAUCCGGAAACAGUCCCGUCGGGAACAUUACAACUACUACUGGUCGUUGUUCGUUUUGUUCCAUUCAAACUUCGCCCAGGUCUGCCACACAGUCUCCAUAUGGCUGACUCUCCUUCUCGCUAUCUGGAGGUACAUCGCCGUGGGCUACCCGCAGAGGAAUCGCCAGUGGUGUAGUAUGCGCACCACAACGACACUCAUUCUAUUGGGGUACAUAAUCUGUCCGAUUUUAUGCAUCCCCCUGUAUCUGGCGUUCAAUCUGGAGUCCCAGGAAGAGCUAUUCUUCACCGACAAUAAUUCCAGCUACAGCGCCUCCAUAAAUAUAAACAAUACGAGACUUAUAAAUUCGCUUAAGAAUUCUUCGGCGUACACCGUUGAAAACGUAACUAUCUACGUUGUGAAUUUAAGCGAGCUAGGUCGCGCGAACAAUCACUUUUUGAGCGAUCUGAAUUUCUGGAUGUACAGUAUAGUUAUUAAGAUAAUCCCCUGUAUAGCGCUGACGAUCCUCAGUUUGAGGUUGAUCUGCGCGCUCAUCGACACGAAAAAAAGGCGGGAAAAGCUGAGCUCCGGGCAGGCCACGAGCAAGAAGAACAACAAGAGUAGCAAACUCGUCGAGAAGGAGAAACAAACCGACCGGACGACCAGGAUGUUGUUGGCUGUUUUGUUGUUGUUCCUUCUCACAGAGUUCCCGCAAGGGAUUCUAGGGUUGCUCUCGAUGGUUCUAGGGCCGCCCUUCUUCGAGGACUGCUACAACCAGCUCGGGGAGGUGAUGGAUAUCCUGGCGCUGAUCAACUCGGCGAUCAAUUUCAUUUUGUACUGCGCCAUGUCCAGACAGUUCCGGAGCAAUUUCGACAAGCUCUUCCGGCCAAAGUGGUUUCCGCUGCCUCAAAACAACCAGCAUAACGAGCUGACCAACCAAACCAACCACUACACGACGACUCAGGUGACGCAGGUCUAGCAUAGGCUCAACAAGAGGGUGCCUUGCACGUCUCUUUAACUCCUUCGCUUUUUUCCGAACCUUCUAGCCUUCGUUUCACUGUUCUCUCACCGCCGCACUGUGGAUCGAGUCGAUAGGAGAAUUCGGACAUGAUUUGGAAACU